CUCUCUCUCUAAAAGGACGUCCUCUCUCUCUAAACCGAAGGCUUCCCCCCUCCUCUCUCUCUCUCUCUCAAUUGGAAGACGCCAGUCUUCUGCAAUCUCUUUCGUGAUAAACUCUAAAUCUUCUCCUUUCGUGAUAAACUCUGCAAAAUAGAAAACCCUAGCUUGUAAACUCGUAUUAAAACACCAACCCUUUAUAUUUCCCACCAUAUUUUUCAGCCAGUUCUUCCUAAUUUAUCAGAAAUAAAUGGAAAAACCAAAGCUUUUUAGAUUUGGUCGGGUUGUUUAGAGGCGUAUUGAUCUGGUUGAAAAUUAGGGUUUUUUCUGAAUCAAGUUGGAUUAGGGUUCGUGAAAUUAUGAGGGCGAUUAAGCUCCCAGAGCCUCCUAGUGGAACGAUAGGAAUGCCUGAGAUUUUUGAAGCAGGAGUUUUCAAUGUGGUGAAGAGAGCUGUAAUUAUUGGUAAUGGAUUUUCUGGUGCUGAGAAUCAGAGCAUUGGGUUGGUUAGAGCGCUAGGGCUCUCUGAUAAACAAUCUUUAUAUCGUGUUACUAGACCAAGAGGAGGCCUCAAUGAGUGGCUGAGUUGGCUUCCUGUUUCCAUGCACAAAAAACUAUACUUAAUCCUGAGGCAGAUAUGUGGCAAUUCAGCAUUUCUUUCUUCAUAUUCAGGGAAGAAGUUGUUUCCUCUACCUGCUGAAAAUGGUGGGGUUGCAGGUUUGCCAUCUGUUUUAGAAGCAGAUGCAAAACAGAUUGCAAUGAUGGCAUGCGAUACUUUUGAAAACAGAGAAGGCCCCUUGUUAGUGGUUGCUUCUGGUCGGGAUACCAUUUCUUUAGCGAGUUCAAUUAAAAGAUUAGCUCCCCAAAAUGUAUUUGUAGUCCAGAUUCAGCAUCCAAGGACUAAGCUAAAUAGAUUUGACCUGGUGGUCACCCCUCGUCAUGAUUAUUAUGCUCUAACUCCAUCAGGACAGCAAGAAAUCCCUCGCUUUCUGCGACGUUGGAUUACUCCACGUGAACCUCCUGAUGGGCAUGUGGUCCUUACAGUGGGUGCUCUACACAAGGCAGAUUCGAGUAUGCUACGUAUCGCUGCUAGUGAAUGGCAUGAUGAGUUAGCUCCCCUCCCGAAGCCCUUACUCGUGGUGAAUAUUGGAGGACCCACAAGUCACUGUCGAUAUGGUGCUGACUUGGCCAAACAGUUGGCAGGUUCACUACACAAGGUCCUUGCAACCUGUGGAUGCUUGAGAAUAUCUUUCUCAAGGAGGACUCCUCUUAAGGUUUCCAACAUAAUUCGCAAAGAAUUUAAUAGUCAUCCCAAGGUAUACAUAUGGGAUGGUGAAGGUCCAAAUCCCCACAUGGGUCACCUAGCUUGGGCUGAUGCUUUUGUCAUAACUGCAGAUUCAAUUAGUAUGCUUAGUGAGGCUUGUAGCACUGGGAAGCCUGUAUAUGUAACUGGAGCUGAGCGAUGCACAUGGAAGUUCUCAGCCUUCCAUAAGACAUUGCAGGAGAGAGGUGUUGUUCGUCCAUUCACUGGCAAUGAAGAUAUAUCUGAGAGCUGGAGCUAUCCUCCCCUCAAUGACACUGCCGAAGCUGCCAGCCGGGUUCGUCAGGCACUUGCAGAGCGUGGAUGGACUUUACGGCCGUAAAAGUUUUCAUACAGAAGUUGGUGCUUUCAUAUUUCAAUUUUCUUAUUUUGCCCACAUGUGGAUCACAUGGGCUAUCUUACACCCUUUUCAAUAUAUAUAUAUAUUUUUUGGAGUUGGAAGAGUAAUAAAAUGGCUGUAGCCUCAGGCUGUAUAGAACGAAGCUGUAAUUUAGAGCUUUGUAGAUUAUUCGGCUUGAUUGUACUAUUAAAUAUGGUUUAUAUUGGUUUUGAGGGGGCUACGCAGUUUGCUUGA